AUGGGCCCCCACGGCCUCCUCCUGCUGCUCGCCCUGGCGGGGCCCUGCACGGCCCUCAUCAGGAUCCCCCUGACCAAGUUCCCCUCCAUGCGGCGGGUCUUGAAUGAGGUGGGCAGCGAGAUCCCAGACAUGAACGCCCUCACCCAGCUCCUCAAGUUCAAGCUUGGCUUUGCUGACCUGGCUGAGCCCACCCCGGAGAUCCUGAAGAACUACAUGGAUGCCCAGUAUUAUGGUGAGAUAGGCAUCGGAACCCCCCCACAGAAGUUCACUGUGGUCUUCGACACUGGCUCCUCCAACCUCUGGGUGCCAUCUGUGCACUGUCACCUGCUGGACAUCGCCUGCCUGCUGCACCACAAGUACGAUGCCUCUAAAUCCAGCACCUACGUGGAGAAUGGCACCGAGUUUGCCAUCCACUACGGGACGGGGAGCCUCUCCGGGUACCUCAGCCAGGACACCGUCACGCUUGGUAACUUGAAAAUCAAGAACCAGAUCUUCGGGGAGGCAGUGAAGCAGCCAGGCAUCACGUUUAUCGCUGCCAAGUUCGAUGGCAUCCUGGGCAUGGCAUUCCCGAGGAUCUCUGUGGACAAGGUCACCCCUUUCUUCGAUAACGUCAUGCAACAGAAGCUGAUCGAGAAAAACAUCUUCUCCUUCUACCUGAACAGAGACCCCACCGCUCAGCCUGGCGGCGAGCUGCUCCUGGGAGGGACCGACCCCAAGUAUUACAGCGGUGACUUCAGCUGGGUCAACGUCACGCGCAAGGCCUACUGGCAGGUCCACAUGGACGCGGUGGACGUUGCCAAUGGGCUGACUCUGUGCAAAGGGGGCUGCGAGGCCAUCGUGGACACAGGAACCUCACUCAUCACUGGCCCCACCAAGGAAGUGAAGGAGCUGCAGACGGCCAUCGGUGCAAAACCACUUAUCAAAGGCCAGUAUGUGAUCCCCUGUGACAAGGUGUCAUCUCUGCCUGUCGUCACACUAACGCUAGGAGGGAAGCCCUACCAGCUCACCGGAGAGCAGUACGUCUUCAAGGUUUCUGUACAAGGAGAGACCAUCUGCCUGAGUGGCUUUUCAGGCCUGGACGUCCCACCGCCCGGGGGCCCACUCUGGAUCCUGGGAGAUGUCUUCAUCGGUCCCUACUACACCGUCUUUGACCGUGAUAACGACUCUGUUGGCUUUGCCAAAUGUGUCUAAGCGCCUGACCCCCACUGCCUCUGCCACAUACACACUUAUACACACACACAGGAGCCAUAGAGAAAGAUUACCAGGAUUAGAAACCCAGUGAGUGG